AUGGCUCUCGUGGGGAUAGACUUUCGUGCUCCUCUGAGAGAAGUCAAAAGAGUUCAGUUUGGAAUCUUGAGCCCUGAUGAAAUUAAACGAAUGUCAGUUGGUGAAAUUGAGUUCCCGGAAAUUUAUGAAAAUGGUAAACCUAAAAAAGGAGGCCUGAUGGAUCCUCGACAAGGAGUCAUUGACCGCAGAGGAAGAUGCAUGACUUGUGCGGGCAACUUGGCUGACUGUCCUGGACACUUUGCACACUUAGAGCUCGCUAGACCUGUAUUUCAUAUUGGUUUUCUCACAAAAACACUUAAAAUUCUUCGCUGUGUUUGUUUUUACUGUAGUAAGUUACUGCUAGAUAAGGAUAAUCAACGUGUAAAAGAUAUUAUAAGAAAAACACAAGGUACUCGCAAUCCUCGAAGGAGAUUAACCUUGAUAUAUGAUAUGUGCAAAUCAAAAGUGGUUUGUGACGGUGGAAACGAAAUUGAGAAUGAGGGAGAUGAUAGCGAAAAAGUCAUAAAGGCGGGUGGUUGUGGUCGAUAUCAGCCUUCAUAUCGUCGCACUGGAAUAGAUAUCCAUGCUGAGUGGAAGAAGAAUGUGAACGAGGAUACUCAGGAGCGCAAAAUCUUCCUCACAGCAGAGCGAGCACUUGAAAUCUUCAAGCAGAUUGCUGAUGAAGAUUGUGUCAUCUUAGGUAUGGAUCCUCGCUUUGCUCGUCCUGAUUGGAUGAUUUGCACAGUGCUGCCAGUACCUCCGUUGGCGGUUCGUCCAGCUGUGGUAACUUUCGGAUCGGCUAGAAAUCAAGAUGACUUGACACACAAGCUCUCCGAUAUUAUUAAAACAAAUAUACAGUUGAGAAACAACGAGGCUAAUGGUGCGGCCGCUCACGUCCUAGCUGACGAUGUGAAGUUGUUGCAGUAUCAUGUGGCAACACUGGUUGAUAACUGUAUUCCCGGCCUUCCAACAGCCACGCAAAAAGGAGGGAGGCCAUUAAAGUCGAUCAAGCAACGGUUGAAAGGAAAAGAAGGACGUAUUCGAGGAAACCUUAUGGGUAAACGUGUCGAUUUCUCCGCCCGAACCGUCAUUACUGCUGAUCCUAACCUGCCGAUUGACACCGUUGGGGUGCCUAGAACAAUUGCGCAGAAUUUGACGUUUCCAGAAAUAGUAACUCCGUUCAACAUUGACAAGCUUCAAGAACUCGUGAAUAGAGGAGAUUCGCAAUACCCCGGUGCAAAAUAUAUAAUACGAGAGAACGGAGCUCGUGUUGAUCUGAGGUAUCACCCUAGGGCAGCAGACCUUCAUCUCCAACCAGGCUACAGGGUAGAGCGGCACAUGAGAGAUGGUGAUAUUAUUGUUUUCAAUCGGCAACCCACUCUGCACAAAAUGUCUAUGAUGGGGCACAGAGUGAAAAUUCUCCCGUGGUCUACAUUCCGUAUGAAUCUUUCUGUGACAACACCAUACAACGCUGAUUUUGAUGGGGAUGAGAUGAACUUGCAUCUUCCGCAGUCUUUGGAGACAAGAGCCGAAAUUGAAGAGAUCGCAAUGGUACCAAGGCAACUAAUCACUCCCCAGGCCAACAAACCUGUCAUGGGUAUUGUACAAGACACUUUAUGUGCUGUUCGAAUGAUGACCAAAAGGGAUGUUUACAUUGACUAUCCUAGAAUGAUGGAUCUUUUGAUGUAUCUACCAUCGUGGGAGGGUAAAGUUCCACAACCGGCGAUCAUGAAGCCGAAACCGCUUUGGACGGGCAAACAGCUCUUCUCGCUCAUCAUUCCGGGAAAUGUGAAUGUGCUGAGAACGCAUAGUACUCAUCCUGAUGACGAAGACAGUGGUCCCUACAAAUGGAUUUCUCCAGGUGAUACCAAAGUGCUUGUUGAACACGGAGAGCUCAUUUCUGGUAUUGUCUGUUCGAGAACAGUUGGUCGAUCUGCUGGUAAUCUUCUGCACGUGGUUGCAUUAGAACUGGGUCACGAGGUUUGUAGUGAUAAAAGGUCACACUAUCGGAAUAGGUGCAAUUUGUUGUUUUCAUUACAUAUAAUUAUAGGUGACACUAUUGCCGAUCAAGCUACAUAUCGUGAUAUUCAAGACACAAUCAGAAAAGCGAAGCUUGAUGUGAUAGAUGUUAUUGAAAAAGCCCACAAUGAUGACUUGGAACCUACACCUGGUAAUACUUUGCGUCAGACAUUCGAAAACAAAGUGAAUAGAAUUCUUAACGACGCUCGUGACCGAACAGGAAGUUCUGCCCAGAAGUCACUUUCCGAGUUUAACAACUUCAAAUCUAUGGUAGUUUCCGGCUCCAAAGGAUCAAAAAUUAAUAUUUCUCAAGUCAUUGCUUGUGUGGGCCAGCAAAAUGUGGAAGGCAAACGAAUUCCGUUUGGAUUCCGUCAUCGGACAUUACCUCAUUUCAUCAAAGAUGACUACGGCCCCGAAUCUAAAGGGUUUGUUGAGAACUCCUAUCUUGCUGGUUUAACACCAGCCGAGUUCUUCUUCCAUGCUAUGGGAGGUCGUGAAGGUCUUAUCGAUACCGCAGUGAAGACAGCUGAAACCGGAUAUAUUCAGCGACGACUGAUCAAAGCUAUGGAGAGUGUUAUGGUCAACUACGAUGGCACAGUUCGAAACUCUCUUGCCCAAAUGAUACAACUGAGAUAUGGUGAAGAUGGCCUUGAUGGAAUGUGGGUAGAAAAUCAGAAUAUGCCCACUAUGAAGCCCACAAACAUGCUGUUCGAAAGAGAUUUCAAGAAUGAUCUAUCGGAUGAGAAAUCCUUGCGGAAAUAUUAUACUGAGGAUCUUGUGCGCGAGUUGCAAGCUUCGCCAGAAGCCACGAAAGAGCUGGAAGCUGAAUUUCAACAGCUGGAAGAGGAUCGUCGAUUACUUCGGAAGAUAUUUCCAACUGGUGAUGCAAAGAUCGUGCUUCCAUGUAAUCUCCAGCGGUUGAUCUGGAAUGCCCAAAAGAUUUUCCACGUUGAAACCCGCAAAGUAACAAGUCUCAGCCCUUUGCACGUUAUUGAAGGGGUCAGGAAGCUUUCGAAAAAACUGGUAAUCGUCUCAGGAGAGGAUAAAAUCUCGAAACAGGCGCAAUAUAAUGCUACCCUUUUGAUGAAUAUUCUGAUUCGAUCAACCUUGUGUUCAAAGAAAAUGGCAUCAACGCAUAAAUUAAAUAUGGAAGCAUUCGACUGGUUGAUUGGAGAAAUUGAAACUCGAUUCCAACAAGCUAUUGCUCAACCUGGUGAAAUGGUUGGCGCUCUAGCAGCUCAAUCUCUUGGAGAGCCGGCUACCCAAAUGACUUUGAACACAUUCCAUUAUGCUGGUGUGUCCGCAAAGAACGUAACACUUGGUGUGCCACGUUUGAAGGAAAUUAUCAAUGUAUCGAAACAGCUCAAAACUCCUUCACUGACGGUUUUCCUUCAAGGAGCUGCGGCUAAAGAUGCAGAAAAAGCAAAAGACGUUCUUUGCAAAUUGGAACACACGACGUUGAAAAAGGUUGUGUCUAACACCGCAAUUUACUACGACCCUGAUCCCAAAAACACCUGUAUCGAAGAAGACGAGGAGUGGGUCAGCAUAUUCUACGAGAUGGCAGACUUCGAUCCGAGUCGGGCUUCUCCUUGGGUUCUCCGUCUUGAACUUGACCGCAAGAGGAUGACGGAUAAGAAGUUAAGUAUGGAACAUAUAGCAGACAAAAUUCAACAAGGCUUCGGAGAUGAUCUCAAUGUGAUCUACACUGACGACAACGCUGACAAACUUGUUUUCCGGCUUCGAAUCACUAAUCAGCCAUCCGAUAAGUCUGCAGAGGUUGAGCAGGUCGAUAAGAUGGAGGACGACGUAUUCCUGCGUUGCAUUGAGUCAAAUAUGUUGUCUGAUCUUACUUUGCAGGGUAUCGGUUCAAUUUCCAAAGUGUAUAUGCACAAGCCUACAACAGACGAUAAGAAACGCGUUGUAAUCACUCCUGAAGGAGGGUUUAAAGCGAUUUCUGAAUGGCUCCUCGAAACUGAUGGCACUGCACUGCUAAAGGUAUUUGUUUUGAAUCUUGUUCGCUACCUCUUCAGGUACUCUCAGAGCACAGAAAUUUAUUGUGCGAAAUUUGUUCAGGUGUUGGGAAUAGAAGCAGUACGUAAAGCAAUUGAGCGUGAAAUGAACAAUGUCAUCUCCUUCGACGGGUCUUAUGUGAACUAUCGUCACUUGGCCCUUCUGUGUGACGUAAUGACGGCUAAGGGUCAUUUAAUGGCUAUCACCCGUCAUGGAAUUAACCGACAAGAAGUGGGUGCUUUGAUGCGUUGCUCCUUUGAAGAAACUGUUGACAUCCUAAUGGAAGCAGCUGUGCAUGCCGAAACGGAUCCUGUCAAAGGUGUUUCCGAAAAUAUUAUGCUAGGACAGCUUGCAAAAGCUGGAACUGGUGCAUUCGAUUUGGUUUUGGAUGCGGAAAAAUGUAAAUAUGGAAUUGAAACUUGUACUGGGAUGAAGAAGGAUUACUGCAGCUCUUCGAUGUCUCCUGUGUCUACUCCAUGGAAUGGUGGUAUGACUCCUGGAUACGGAGCAGGUUGGUCUCCUAUUGGAAGCGGUAUGACUCCGGGUGCUGCUGGUUUCUCCCCAUCAGGACACUCAGAGACCGGAAUGUCUCCUGGAUACGGAGGAGAGGGAGGAUGGUCACCGACGUCUCCCGCUGAUCCUCUGGGAGGCAUGUCGCCAUCAGGAGCUACACCGCGUUACGGGGGAGCUAUGUCGCCGGGCUACUCUCCAACUAGUCCGAAUGCAUUUGGAGCGCAAAGCCCGAGCUAUUCUCCUACCAGCCCUCACUACUCUCCAACGUCCCCCUCAUAUUCGCCGACGUCGCCGAGUUACAGUCCCACGAGCCCAAGUGCCCAGUCUGUACUUCGUUACCAUUUCCCAAAAAAACAUUUUACAGGUUAUUCUCCUACAUCCCCGUCAUAUUCACCAACCUCUCCUUCUUAUUCACCCACUUCACCUAGCUACAGCCCAACUAGCCCCAGUGACAGUCCACGUUAUUCACCAACGUCUCCAACUUAUAGUCCUACAAGCCCAACUUAUUCGCCUACAUCACCUACAUACUCGCCGACGUCACCGACCUACAGUCCAACGAGUCCCAGCUAUGGCGGUAGCGGUUACAGCCCAUCGAGUCCUCGGUACUCAUACCACCUUUUUAGCUACUCUCCAACGUCGCCUACAUACUCACCAACAAGUCCUACGUACAGUCCAACGUCACCUCAGUACAGUCCAAGCAGUCCACAGGUGCUGUUCAGUGAUUAUUUCAGAAUACCGCAAUACUUGGUGCUCUAA